AUGCAUCAGGCGUGGAAUCUCGUCAGGGACGAGCCUCCAGAGGAGGUGGAAGUUAUGGAAAUGCCACGGGAGAAUGGAAUCAUGGGUGAUCUGCAAGAAAUGUCGUCUCUUACAUACCACCAACGUUUUGUGGGUUUCUUCGCCACUCUUGGUAUGGGUUUAUGCUUCAUUGCGAUUGCAACAGUAUUUGCUCCAAGCGUUGCCGUUUUUCCAAAGAAGUUUGCCUUUUUUCUUACGGCAGGAAACCUUUUCUGUUUGGGGUCGACAACCUUUCUGGUGGGCAUCCAACAGCAGAUUCGGUCUAUUUUUGAUGCCAAGCGUAUGGAGGCAGCAGUUAUGUACGCUGUUUCCGUCAUCUUGACGCUUGUUUCUGUGCUCCACUGGAAGUCAAGUGUUUUAGCUAUUGUCUUUGCCGUUGCUCAGGUAUGCUGUUUGUUGUGGUAUGCGCUGAGUUAUGUUCCCUUUGCGCGUCGCACCAUUGGAAUUGUUUGGUCGUAUGCGUGGUACAUUAUUUGGCCUGUAUUUUGCGCUGUGUCUCAGGCACUGCGGAGGUGCUGCGGACUUUUGAUCUCGAGCGUAAAAUAG